GUUCAAAGCGCAGCACCAGCAUCGGAAGCCUGUUCCUUAGACGGUGAAUUGAUUAAUGGUGAUAACAGACACAGUAGCUAGAACAUUUCGGACAAGGUGCAACUUAUUGGGUAUUUCCAGUAGUAUUGUUUGGUGCAGUUACCAGAGUAUACUGGCUCUUGUUUGGGCACCAGCGAUUAGUAUAAUUGGUAGUACAUCGAUGGUUUACGAGGUCAUGAAAUAACAACUGGCCCGCAUAGACAUAUAGCUGAUCUUUGAAUUACU